CAGAUCACCUGACCAAACCGAUGGUGGAAAACUGCGGUUUUUCCGUCACAUGGAAACCACAGCCCGGACGCUGGCUACACCCACAUAACCAAUUCCUCCUUUUCACAAUUCAGGAAAGUAUUGUUAGCGGAAAACGUUUCAAAAUGACGAAAUUAGAGAUUUUAAAUGCCUAUUUUACCGAGCGUUUAAUGGCGGCCGCGCAGGAGAUCAUGCACCUGGUGGGCGAGACAGUAAUGGAGUACCAGGAAGAAACUGUUCGGGCAAAGAGGGAGAACGAGAGUCUGAGACGGAGGUUGCGCGAAGCUGGGCUGGAUGGCGAAGCAGGACUAACUAAGCCGGUUCCCCCUCUCCGUGCAGACAGGGCCGUCUCUGAGCAUCAGGAGUGGGGCUCCACAGGGCAGGACACAGAGUCCACACUGACUGCAGUGAAGCUGGAGUUCACUGAGCCGCAGAGGCACAGACAGGAGGAAGAGGAGCACCGCGGGCUGGAGUCGGGCACAGACGGGUCAGUGAUCCCGUCUCCAUGUUCGAAAAGGGAAUGUGGUCCAGACUCCCUAAACCAGCCAGCGUUCCCACCUCCAUGUGGGAAACGGGACAGCGUACAGGACCCUCAGAACCAUCUGGAUCUCAGACUGCAGAUUGGGAAUACUGAGGAAGAGGAAGGUACUCCCUGUGUCACACAUUAUCAGAUUAAAACAGAGACUGGCGGAGUUGACUACAACCCAUCAGAGCAGUCCACUGAGCCGUUCCCCUUUCAUGCAGUAAACCUUGAAGCUAGUGAACUUCCGAACAGAAACGAUAUGAACGUCUUUAGGGCAGAACCUGCGGGACGGAUGUCUGCGUUUGAGGCAGAGCUGUCCCCGGGAGCGCUGGGACGGCUCCGGGGACAGAGCACGCACUUCUGCCCGCAGUGUGGGAAAGCCUUCCGCCACAUGUCUCAGGUGAGAAGGCACCUGCGCAUGCACACGGGCGAGAAGCCGUUCUGCUGCCCUGUGUGCGAGAAGUGCUUCAAGUACUCCGGGAACCUGAAGGAGCACCAGAUCGUCCACACCGGAGAGAAGCCGCACCGCUGCUCCGUCUGCGGAAGGUGCUUCGGCAAGUCGGCUCACCUGCAGCGGCACCUGCGCAUUCACACCGGAGAGAAGCCGUACAGGUGCCCCGUGUGCGAGCGGUGCUUCACCCAGUCGGGCGUGAUGAAACGACACCUGCAGGUUCACAACAGUUUCAACUACACCUGAGCGCGCCCAGGAACAUUAUUUCAGGUAGAGGGAAAUCUAACCAUCUGCUCAUGUACUCCUGAGGAAGACGAACUUGGCACUCCCUUACAUUCUGCUGAAUUAUUUAAUUAUUUAUUUAUUUUUAAAAAAUCUUUAUUAAAUCUAGUAGUUCAAAAGAGAAAUCGCUCGCUUUUCUGGGGAUAACCAUUGGAAAUAAUGUGAUGGGGACACGACGGAUUGUGUUACCAGUGAAAUUUUAUUAACAGCAAAUAAAACCGCUGUGGUGCCUACGGGCAGCUGGGUGACUCAUGCAUGACUGUAAGCAGCAAAAUGGUGUACAUGUCGCGGUGAUGAUGUGCAGUGCAUGUGCUACGUGACUACACAAGGCUGUUUCUCUAUUUAAGAACAUGAUUUUUGUACACCCCCCAUCCCCCCAUUUUCAUAUAAUAAACCCUUUCUACUUGAAAACAUAAACCAAACUUUAA